UAUUCGUAAGAAGAUGGAGGACGUUGAGGAGCUGAUCGUUCAAUUCACCAUGGAACAGAAUACAGAUUACACUGCGAGCCUGGCUUUAUUCACUGAUGUAUCAAAUAGUAAAGAACUACGAGAACUGAUCGUGCACGGAAAAUUGGAAGCGGCUCUCUUAAACGCAAGUAUGGUAAUGUAUCGACCUCUGUCUGAUAACUCGAUCUGCAGUACUCGUGUACGCAAAUCGCUGUUGUUUGAAAUGUAUUAAUGUUUCAUAUUUAGGAGUAUAAUAGGAGGGUAGGUAAAGGUAAAGGUGCACACGAGCCAAAGGCCCAAAACGGCGGGAGCUUAUACUGGUUUCCCUUGGCAUAAAGCAUGCCUAGGAGUCCCGGGGGGGGGGGGGGGGAUACUUGGGUUAAUGUUUGCUACUCCAUUAUAGGCUAUUUUUUAGCCAAUUAUAGACCCCAUCUUAGUCACUUUUUGGAAAAUGUAAUUUUCGCGAUCCCAACUUUCUAUUUAUGCCUCUACCUUAUCAAUGUGGUUUCAAGCAGCGGAAUGUAAUGCGGUCAAUGCGAGCUUAUUGUUAAAUUUAAUAAACAUCAGCUUUCUGAUUUUUUAACCGGGAAUCUUCCCACUUUGAGUCCCUACUUACUCCAAAAAAUCCGAAAAUCUGCAACCCCAUUCUAGUAAUCUAUUGAAAAUGCGACCCCAUUGUAGUCAAUCUAUUGAAAAUGCAACCCCAUCCAGCGUCACAUCCUCCAGCCUCUUGUGAAAAAAUGCUAGGAGUGUUGCUACAUCCCCAUAGCCCCACAUCCCUAUAGAGUACCCUUUUAUACACCUGGGUGACAUCAAAAAAAUAAAGUUCCUUGUUCAAGAAACAUUCUGAAAUUUGAACCCUGAGCUUUGAUCAGAUUCGAUUCUUUAAAUAACAAUGUCCUAGGUAGGAGGGUAGCAGAGUGAAAUUCCUUUGGCAAUCUCAGUUUCGAUCUGUUGCUUAUUUACAUGAAGUUGUCGGAUUUUGAAGGCCUCAAGCCCACCCGACAGGACCGCAAGGCCAUGUGGGUAGCUAUUUAAAAAUAAUAAAAUUCCCCUAAAUUUUGUCAUACUUUCAUGGUUGUCAGUGCCACAGAAUGAUAUAAAAGCUUACAAAUGUUUAUCUUUGUUGUUUUUUAGUAGAAGAAUAGUGCUCCAUUAAGAAUUUUUUAAUGAAAGUUUUGCUGCCUUGUUGCUUGGGCUUUCCAACAAUGUUUAUAGCUGUAUUUAGGUCUAAGCCUUGUGUGCUCCUCAAAAGGGCCCUGUUAACCCAGUUUUGUCUAGGAUAGUGGAUGAAUAAGACCUCACUGUUCCCCCAUCUAACCCCCUGCUUUUGUUCACUUUUGGAGACAAGCCAGGAACAAGACAGCGCUUCUGUUUGGCUCUCCUUUGGAAAAAAUGUUAGAGACAUUGACAUCUUAAUAGUCUGAGUCCAGGGACCACAGUGGGGGGAAAAGGUGAAAAAAAUUGGAAAGUAAGCUGAGCAGGGGUCUGAGGAGGGAAAAGGUGGUGCCCUUCCCCCCCUCCAAUCCACCUCUUUUUUGCUGUUUCACCCGGUUUUUUGUGAACAUGAAGCACUUUUUGCUUCUGAACUCCAUAUUAAGUGGACACCUUGUCUCAAGCAGACAAAUGUUUGCUUCAAAUGCUUCAUCCCAUAUAAUUUUUUAGUAAAACAAUUCUGUAUUCAGUGGUCUCCUCGAUCAAGUCGACAUCAACAAAGGUCAUGUGAGUCUCUAGGUUUCGCUUUUUACAGUGAUCAAGUCACAUGAUUUUAAGCUUAUUACCUGUUAAUAAUAACUGUUUUAAUUUUUUUUUGUCAGAUUUUUGAUCCAUUUCAUGUAGUUGUAGCUGGGCACAAGGCUCUUCAUUUGUUUCAACAAGGAAAAAUGAAGACAAGAACACUUCAUUCGGAAAUUAUUUUUAACUUGUCGCCUUCCAGCAAUGUAAGUAAUAUUAAAUACUGUUUCAUUUAUUUGAGGUCAGAUUUUGUCUUUUCAGAUGCAUGGCCUUUAACCCUUUAAGCCAUCCACAUAAAAAUUCUCCAAACUGAUCUCCAUACAUUUCCUUACAGAAUUAUUAGUUAAGAGAAUUUGUUCAAAGAUGAAAGCAUUUUCCCUUAGGUGAUCAUUUUAUUUAUUCUCAUAAACUUUUCUUUUAAAUAUGUAGUGAUAUUGUUAAGAGAAACUUGAUGUUGGUCACUCUUGGUUGAGGUAGUACCCACCGGAGGCUAAUGUGGGCAUUUUUUGUGAAUUUUAGUUGUGUGAAAACAAAUGUAUGUAAUAAAAAGUCUAGAAAAUAUCUGAGUUUGUUUAUUAUGCCAAUAUUUUGGCAUAAUAUAAAAAUAAGAUUAAAAAUUUAUAACAAAUAAGUGUUAAUAAUCUUGAUAAUGGAAAUCCAUAUUCUGAGCUAUUUUGUUUAAAUAAAUUGUUUAUUUUACACAUAUUUUUAAAAAAAUGAUAAUAAACCUAAUUGCUUACUGGUAGUUGUAGAGAAGGUAAGGGAAUUAGGUCUCCUUAAUCCAACAUAAUUUUCUUUCAUCAGAUUAAUGAUUCUUUCAAGAAAUUUGGGAUACUGGACAACACAAAAGACAUUUUAGUGGUGAUUAUAACACAAGGAAAUGGCAUUGAAAAGGUAUUUACUCAAAUAGGAAUUGAAAAGAUAAGUAAAUAAGGCCCCGAGAGACUCAUGCUGUAAUAUUUAUUCACAAGCACAUAGAAGACAAAAAUUGGAAGGAGAAUCUUGCUUUUUAUCAGAAGUCAUAUGGGGUAUAUUUCACCACAUGACAAAGUUUUUGUUUCAUUUGUGGCUCAUGGUUCUUUAUAUCCAAACAAGAGUUAAAUAGUGUCUUAUCGAGUUAUCUGUAAAAGUUGUUGUGCCCAAAACGUUUUUGUCCAUUUCCUUCUUUCAGCUGUAAGAAACUUUUAACUUGAAUGGACAUGGACAUGAUUUUAACAUGUUUCCAAAUCUCUCUGUUGACCUUGGGACUCCAGCAGGUGUUUAUAGAAUACUGAAUUGUUUGCACUGUAAAAAUCUGGUUUAGUAUUAAGUUGUGGCUUCAUUAACCUGUAAAAUGUAGUCAGAAGUCAAAAUUAAAUUUGACCAUACUUUCAAACUCCACUACUACUUGAUUUUGCUUUUGAUUUAGGUUUGUAACAUCACUAUCAUCAUCAUCAUCAUCAUCAUCAUCAUCAUCACUGUCGUCGUCAUCAUUAUCAUCAUCAUCAUCAUGAUCAUCAUUAUCAUCAGUUCCUUCUCCCUAUGCACUGAAAAGUACUGGUGAUAUUUUUUAACUGGAUUACACAACAGCUACGAUUUACGAGUUGAACGUUUCCAUUUUGUUGUUUUCACCAUUAUUAUUUGUACUUUGUGGACUGGUAACUAAGUGGCACAGUUGUGGCCUGGUACUGUCACAACUUUUCAGUUUGUUGAUUAUCGAAGAAAAUUUUGAUAUACUAUUGAGGUUAAACAUUUCUGUUCCUUUCUUUAGGUCAGACAGCUUUAUAUCUCCAAAAAGUAAUUUGUGGAAAAAAUAAGACUUCAAUCGUACACGUAACUUUCUGGUAGGGAGCAAACAAAUUUUGAAAAAAACGACACUUUUUUAUUCGUUUAAAUUUUUAUUUGAAAAAUCGGGAGGGAAAUUUCUAGCUUGGCUAUUUUUAUACUGACCAGGAAAAAAAACCCUGCUUAGUAAGGCCAACACAACUUCAGUUUGUUGAUGAUAAAAUUUCUUAUAUUAUUGAGGUUAAAAUGAGUGCUUUCUUUCCAGAUUUCAGAACUGAGCAAACAAAUAAAGGGGACACUGGUUUCUUUAUCGUCUCUAGCUGCUAUUUCUGACCAGGAAAAAAUAAGAAAGGUACAAUUUUAUCCUUGAUGAAUUUGAGCAAAUGGGACCCUUAUUAUUGGGGUUCAGACUGGAACGACUGUUUUUAGUUGGGGAACUUUCUACCCAGUUUUCCUCCCUCAUCAUUAUGUCAAGGGCUGAAUCUGAGUUAAGGGGAGAAUGGAAUGGCUGUCAUUGAUUUUGCUGACUGCGAAAGUCGUUUUUUCUUGAGGUUUAACCACAAAAAAGUGAUAUUUUCUUCUUCUAAAAUGGAAUCGGUCUGAAAAAUUCUUCUAGUCUUGUCUUAUAUCACAAUGUUCGUGUAAGGAGUAAAUUGAGUUUGAAUGUCAAAAUUACAAUGAUGUGAUAUAGGUAUGCUAAACUACAAAGUGUAACAAGACGAAUAGUGACCAACUUUUCUAGCCAAGCGUACCUUUAAAUUCGUAUAUUUCUUUUUAUUUCUUUUUAGAUUUAUGGAAUUUCUGACAAGGAACUGCAAUGUGAUUCGGUAGAAAAUGGAAUCAUUACCCGAAUAGCGACUAAAGAUGCUUCUUAAAAUCAAUGACACACACAUAUUUAAAUUCAAACGUUAUAUCUUUACUUAGUCAAAACUGAAGGAUACGAGUUUCGUGUGAAAAGUGCCGAAUAAGGGGAAAUGCUUGAAGGGAGAUUGUUAAAGAUUGAGGUUUAAAAGCGAAAAAAUGACCUAAACUGGAUUGAGCUUAUAGCGAAAGGUUUAUGUAUUUAAGAAGCUCAGCAACACUGUAAAUGUGUAUCAAAACCUAGCACAAACUUGUGCAAUUGUGAUGAAUACCACUACAGAAACGAACUGUUUAAGACGCAUUCCACAAGUGUUUUUAAACACUUGAGGAUUUCUUCCGAAGAGUCAAAAUUUAUUAGCUCCUUGUACAGCAUGAUAAACAGUACCAUAGCAAUAAAUACCCCUUAUGAGCGAGUGAGCCUAACUUGAAACUGCUUGAUAUUUUUGUUUACGUCAUAUAAUGAAUAGCACAAGGUAUAGGUAGAAGAUAAACGCGGUCGCGUGGUACAAGUGGACG